GCCCUGGUGCGGUCCGGCCUCAGGAUGUCGUCGACGCAGCUCUGCUACUGGAAUCAUUGGCCAGAAGGACUUUGCUGAGUUCGUGGCGAGAUUUCCUGUUUCGACGGAGGGUCAGCCGCCAUCCAAGAGGCAGCGGGUCGAAUCAGGUUUUCCAGAUGACCGCGUCUUCUAUGACAAGUGGCGGAUGACCCAGUAUCUUCGCUGCGUGUCUGAGCAGAACUGGUCGGGAUUGGCCAUCAAAGACUUUGGUGCCAAGCAAGGUUUAGGAGUCGUAGCAACAUGCAAUUUCUCCAAACACGACAUCGUCUGCGACUACCACGGCAGGGUCAUCCCAGCUGCAGAAGGGAGGGUGAUGGUGCAGGGCGUGCAUGACGAGGCCGGGUACGUGUUCUUCUUCAAAGCUGGACAGAGAGACCUGUGCAUCGACGCCCAGACCUUUCCUUGCGAGUGCCACCCUGGUACAGACACCGCUGGCAGGAGGAUCAACCACUCCACAAAAGCCCCCAACCUGAAGCCCUUUCACUGCAGGUUGCAUGUGAAUGGGCAGGACAAGGACAUCAUCCUCUUCAGGGCACUGCAGGACAUCAGUGUGGGUGUCGAACUACGGUUUGACUAUGGAGUAAAGAGGAAGUCCUUCCGUGGAGAGAUUCUUGUUUUGUGAGCUGGAGUGGCUGGACUUUUGAUUCUUGCUUUAUGGACUAUCAAUGUUACUGAUUUUGCCCUUCUAGCUGCAUUCACCUGUGCAUCAUUACCUUGUUUAACUCACACUAUAAUAGCCUGGUUUUCACACACUCACUCACUGUGAAGUCUUGCCUUAUUUGUAGGGCAAGGUACGUUUAUUUCUAGCACAUUAUAUAGUAAUUCAAAGUGCUUUACAUAGAAUACAUUAUGUUAUUGUAUAUGGUCAGCUCUGUGUAACGUAACAAACACAUCAUGUAACUAAUAAACGUGUCUUUCUCUCUCUUUCUCAUUUCCAUCUAGCUGAAAAUAAGCUCUUUAAUUUAAUAGUCCUAGUUAGUGUUUGUGUGUGUAUCCAUCAUGCCUGUAUCUGUUAGCUAAUAGUGUGUAAAACAUUUUUGUGGUUGUUUAUCUUGUGCACAGUCUCUGUCCUCACUCCAAGAAGGGGCCGAGCUGUUUUCCUGGACAUCUGAGAUCGUGUGUGCCUGUGUGGAAGAAGAUUGAGACCAUUUUUGGAACUGAUGAUCCAGUUGUCAGGUGUGUUCACUGCUUUGUCAUUCCAUGUUGCAGUACAAUACACUUUCCUCAUGUAAUUAAUCCAUGUUUGUGAUUUCUUAUUGUAUUGUUAAUAAAUAAAAAAAUAUUUUAAGCAUGUACAUG